UUUUAGUACACUGAGAAUUGUGGCCACGACAGGGAACAAAGCUGUGAGGCUCCAUCAUUUUGCUAAUAAAUAUUAAUAACACCAAAACUGAAACAAACAAAGUCAAGUGUGAAAAGUGUAGUCAAACUUUUAGAUAAAUAUUUUAUUUUUAACACAAAUAAAUUGCGAAAUUGAAAGAUGAAAGCGUUUGUGCUAUAAAUAUGCUGGGGAGACCUUGACAUUGUGCUGUGAGAAUAAAACAAGGAAAACGCGCUUUUGAUUAGCAAUAGACAAUUAACGCAGCUUCUUCAAGUAUCUCAGCUGCAAUAUGGAAACGGAGUCGCUGAACCGCAAGAACUCCUCACGCAAGAGCUCCAUUGUGAAUGGCAAUGGAGAUGCCACCACCAAGCUGACGAACGGCGAUGAGACUGCAGCUGGCGAUGGCGGUGGCGGCGGGGAGGUGACACUAAAAGCCAAAAUGAGUUUAUUGAAUGGCUGCACCGUCAUUGUGGGCUCGAUCAUUGGCUCCGGCAUCUUCGUCUCGCCCACCGGCGUCUUGAUGUACACGGGCAGCGUUAAUUUGGCAUUGAUUGUGUGGGUCAUUUCCGGACUCUUCUCGAUGGUGGGCGCCUACUGCUACGCCGAGCUGGGCACCAUGAUAACCAAAUCUGGAGCUGACUAUGCGUACAUCAUGGAGACAUUCGGACCCUUCAUGGCAUUCAUUCGCCUGUGGAUCGAGUGUAUGAUUGUGCGACCCUGCUCACAGGCCAUCGUGGCGCUAACAUUCAGCACCUACGUACUGAAGCCGUUCUUUCCGGAGUGCGCUCCACCCGAGGAUGCGGCCCGCCUGCUCGCCGUCUGCUGCAUAUUGGUGCUAACAUUGAUCAAUUGUUGGGACGUUAAAUGGGCCACCGCUGUGCAGGAUAUUUUCACAUAUGCAAAACUGCUGGCCUUAUUUAUCAUCAUUGCGACUGGCAUGUACCAGCUCUCUAUGGGCAAUGUGAAGUACUUCACUUUCGAUAACAGCGAUACGCGCGUGACAUCCCUGGCGCUGUCCUUCUACUCGGGUCUGUUCGCCUACAAUGGCUGGAAUUACUUGAACUUCAUCAUUGAGGAACUGAAGGAUCCCGUCAAGAAUCUCCCACGUGCCAUUGCCAUCAGCUGCACGCUUGUCACCGUCGUCUACGUCAUGGCCAAUGUGUCCUUCUACACCAUCCUGUCGCCGGAAGAGGUCCUGGGGUCCUCUGCGGUGGCUGUUACCUAUGCGGAGCGCGCAUUCGGCAUGCUGGCCUGGACCAUACCAGUUUUUGUGGCAUUGUCCACAUUCGGUGCCGUCAACGGCAUUUUGCUCACCUCCUCGCGCCUGUUCUACGCGGGUGCGAAUGAGGGGCAGAUGCCAGAGAUUUUAACCAUGAUUCAAAUUCAACGCUUCACGCCCACACCCGCUGUGCUGGCCAUGGCUCUGCUAUCCAUGUUAUAUCUGACGGUUUCCGACAUCUUCGCGCUCAUCAACUACGUGGGCUUUGCGACUUGGCUGAGCAUUGGCGUUGCGGUUCUCUGCCUGCCCUGGCUGCGCUGGGCUCAACCCAAUUUGCCACGCCCCAUACGCGUGCCCCUGGUAUUCCCCAUUGUAUAUCUAAUUGCCACCAUCUUCGUCACAGUCGUGCCCAUGUAUGCCAGUCCCGUGGAGACUGGCUACGGCAUCCUCAUGAUACUGUCGAGCAUACCCGUCUACUUGGUCUUCAUUGCCUGGAAGAGUAAGCCAAUAUGGUUCCAGAAAUCGAUGGGCGGAAUCACACAAGUACUGCAAAAACUGAUGAUGGUUGUGCGUCCCAAAGCGGCGUCAAAGUAAGCCUCACACACUUCCUGCAAAAGCUGCUCAUGGUACUCGGCAAGCAGACGAAACCAGCUCAGGUGUAGAGAUUAGCGAGUGGAUGGAUGGUUGGAAUGAUGGUGGGUGGAUGGUGGGGCCAUUAUUGCCAGAGACCACGCUGAAAUUAUUCUAACCAGAUGGAGGAGACAUCAACAGCAAAUGAUAGCAUUUAAUAUAUAAUGAAAAAAGUAUAAAAAAUCACAAAUCUAUAACAAGAAAAUUGAAAAAAAUUAAAAACAAAUAUAUAAUAAUAAUAAUAAUAACAGUAAUAUAGCUUCUGUGCAGCAAGGCAAUAACGAGUAUAAGUACAUCAGAUUCCAAGGCUCGACGCGCUUCGAUACACAAAUCUCAACCUGAAAGCGUGCCCACCUCCAGCAACAGAACUACGAAUAGAUAUAUUUUUAUAUAUGUUUUAAGCUUACACACUUAAGCCCAUGCAGCGCGUAUCAUUGUUUCAGCAUACACAGAUUUCAGCUAACAUAAAGCUUUGGCUCCAAUUGGAGAAGACUGUAAAAUUGAAGAGGAACAAAUGGAAAAUACAAGGGAAACUCUAAAUUUCAAAUUGUCCAAGGCUUUAUGUUGCUUGAAGUACAAUUAUAUAUUCUCAGUUGGUUUUCGGGCAUAGGAAGAUCUAUCAAAUACGCAAAAUAUAAUACAUAUAUAUUAAUAUGAAUCUACAUAUAAUUCAAUUCAUUCAUUUGCAUCAAUAAUUUUAC